AGCUACCCAGCGACAGCAGGAGGCGGUGACUGGACCCACGUUUGCUCUUCUUUCUCAGUUUGGACCAGAACAAAAACCCAAGAACAAAGCGAGCAGAAGCAGAAGCAGAAGCAAGCGGGCAUCGCUCUCCGAUCCAUUUCUCUUUUCUAUCUCUUGUUUAAUCCUUAUCCGCUCCUCCAUCCGUAGACCCAGCUGGCGUCUCGAGAUAUGCUUUUGCACAGAGGAGAUCCAGCGCGAUUCGCAAACGGAGAAUUGAAGGGGAGGCAGUAGCAGUGACGACGGGUGGUAUGGCGGAAAAUAGCAAUGGCGGCCCUGAAAGCAUCAGGGAUGUCGGAGAGAGUCCUGCGGAGUCGAUUAAUGCCGUGGAGGCCACUGACAUUAUGUCCGUGGAACCUAGGCUCCUUCCUCAGGAGAGGCAGAGUAGAUGGGGAGGUUGCUUCUGUGGAUUGACAUGUUUUGGGUCACAAAAGAGAGGUAAACGAAUAGUUCCAGCAUCCCAAAUUCCAGAUGUGAAUGCAUCAUCUAGUCGUAUAAAUGGCCAUCAGUCUGCUGGAAUCUCCAGUGAAAACACAACUCUGAACUUAUCUAUUCUUGCCCCACCUUCAUCUCCAGCUUCUUUCACAAACUCUCGACUCCCUUCCACAGCCCAAUCACCAAAUUGUUUCUUGUCCAUGUCAGCUAAUUCUCCUGGAGGACCAUCAUUAACCAUGUUUGCAACUGGCCCAUAUGCUCAUGAAACUCAAUUGGUCUCACCUCCUGUGUUCUCUACCUUUACAACAGAACCUUCAACUGCGCCAUUGACCCCUCCACCUGAACUUGCUCACCUUACAACUCCAUCAUCCCCAGAUGUUCCUUUUGCACGGUUUCUUCUCUCAUCUCUGGAUAUUAGAAGUGCUGUGAAAGGGAAUGGAGUGCCUUAUUUGUCAUCUAAUUAUGCUGUUGGAAGUUAUGUCCAAGCAGAUUAUCCAAUUUAUCCUGGAAGUCCUUCUAGUAGUCUUAUAUCACCUGCUUCUGGAACUCCACGAACUGGUCUAUCAUCUCCUUUCCCUGAGAGUGGUACUCCCAGACAGUGGGAUGCUUCUGCAUCUGCACAGGACUCACCAUGUUUCAGAAAUGGGGUAUCAAAGUUGUUUGGACAUAAUUCAGCUACAACCAGAGAUUUUAUUCUGUGUCCGGACUCCAGCUUUUUCUAUCCUGCAACAUCUGCACAGUUUCACUUGGACCAGGCACUGCAAACGGUUGCUCACACUGGUGGGAGACUUAGUGUUUCCAAGGAAGCAGAUGCUUAUUCCAGUGGUGGAAACAGACACAGUAAAGCUUGCAAACAGGAUGUAGAAGAGAUUGAAGCUUACAGAGCAUCAUUUGGAUUCAGUGCAGAUGAAAUCAUCACAACACAACAUUAUGUUGAGGUAUCAGAUACUUUAGAAGAGUCCUUUACCAUGUCUCUGCUUUCAAAUAGUCAAACUGGAAAUAAGCACUGCCCUACUAAUGGAUGCAAUGAGUACGAUAAAAAGGUCUCUAACUCACUUGAUCCUAUAAGUUCCAAGCAACUGACAGCUCCGCUUGAAGGUGGAGUUGAUUGUGAAUCUGAUCACGGAAGGAUGCAAGCAGGUCCUAAGCUAAACAAACAUUCACAAGAUACCUCUCCUUUAGUUUAUGAGAACACUGGCACAGAUGGUGGUGAAGGAAGAAAGUGUAGGGCGCCAGCAGAUCACCAGCUUUAUAAGCGAGCACAGUCGUUCUCUGAUGCAGAAGUUGAUUAUAGAAGAGCUAGAAGUUUGAGAGAAACCAACGCCAUACUGGCCUGGCACGACAUGCUGAAUUAGCUGAUCGAUCUUCUGAAGAGGAUUGUAAAGUUUCUUUGUUAUUAUGUUUGGGCUGCAUGGAAAUUUUUGUCUGCUGAUUCAGAUUAUGACUCUUGUAGGUCGUGUAAGUAUGGGACGAUCAACGAUUUCUUAUGAUUCCCAUCCUGUAGCCAAAUGGUGAUUAAGAUGAAGACAUUAGUUCUACUGAUUAAUGCUGUGCACUAUAAUUUGGCCUUUGGCAUUUAUUAAGCGUAACUGUUUUUGCCUGU